UUACCCAUUUGUAUAAUUGAUGUCGUUUUGUUGAUAAUUUCAUUUGGGAAAUUGUAGUAGGUCGAUAAAAUAUAGUGUCCAUGUUCUAAAUAAACCCCUAGGAAAAUGGUGCAUGGGAAUGAAGGCGCAAUAUCAUUGCAGCAGCCUCCACAGUGUUACACUAGUUGGUUGUGUUGUCGUUGUGUUACCGGUGGCAGUUCCCUCACUGAGUCUAUUGUCUAUUCCCUGGAUGCGCACGCAUAUUACUUGUAUUUAAUAUGUAAUUAAUAAUUCAUUUACGUAUUUUUUACGACCCCGAUAUAAGACAUGUGUUUACUGACUGUGAUAUAUAAUAACACUGAUAUGUAAAUAAUAGUGUCGAAUGUCUAGGUACAUUUUCUUGUGAGUAAAAAUAAGAUCAAGAAGUUUAUAAUAUACGGUAUAUUGUCAUAAACGAAGAUGGAAGAAAAUUUAGAAAUAGUACGUCUAAAAAAGCAGAUAUCGUUGUUUGAUUGCGUAACUAUAUUAGUUGGGACUAUGAUAGGAUCGGGUAUUUUCGUUUCACCAGUUGGUAUCCUCUUCUACGUUCGAUCACUGGGAAUGUCCUAUGUGUUAUGGGCUUUGUGUGGAGUCUAUUCGGCACUUUGUGCAGCUUGUUUCGCCGAACUCGGAGCAGCUCUUCCGACAUCGGGUGGUGAAUAUAUGUACAUUUACCGCGCUUUUGGUGAUUUUGCGGCAUUUCUUUGUUUAUGGACGCACAUUUUUAAUUAUUGCUCGGGUUAUGCAGCAUUAUGUUUAAUAUUUUCAACAUAUAUAUUACAACCAGUGUAUAACAAUUGUGAAGAAAUUCCCCAAGUUUUAUUGAGGCUUAUCAGUGCACUGGUUUAUACUUUCAUAGUGGCAAUAAACUGCAUAAAUGUGAAAUGGGUGACCAAACUGCAAGCCAUAAUAACAGGUAGUAAACUAAUGGCGUUGUUUGCAGUCAUUGUUAUAGGAUGUGUGUGGCUUUAUAAAGGUGAAAUGGGAGCUUUUGAUAAUGCUUUUGAAGGAAGUGAUUUUAAUGUGGGUUCUAUAGUCUUUGCAUUUUAUUCUGGCAAUUGGGCAUAUUCCGGAUGGAGUAAUAUAUGCAUGUUUGCAGGUGAAGUGAUAAAACCACAAAGGAAUAUACCUCUAGGUAUAAUUAUAUCACUAUGUAUAGUGACAGUUGUAUAUAUAGUAGCUAAUAUAGCUUAUUUUACUGUACUCACACCUUCUGAGAUGUUAAAAUCAACAGCAGUCGCUGUGACUUUUGCAGAACAAACGAUCAAACCUGCGGCUUUUGUAAUGCCUCUGUUAAUAAGUGUAUCUGUUCUGGGAACUUUAAAUGGUUCAUCGUUAGCAUUUUCAAGGUUAUUGUAUGUAGGAUCUAAAAUGAACCACACACCACGAUUUCUGUCCAUGUUACAUGUAAAAAGAAAUACACCCACGCCUUCACUAGUCGUCAUUUGUAUUAUUGUGCUGUUGAUGCAGAAUUUUAAAGGAAUCUUUUAUCUGAUAGAAAUGUCUGGCUUAUCAACUUCUGUUGUCACAUCCUUGACUGUAGCAGCCAUGUUAUGUCUAAGAUACAAGGAACCAUCUUUAGAAAGACCCUUUAAGCUUCAUUUAUCAAUACCAAUCUCGAUAUUUGUGAUCAGUUUGGUGAUAGUUUUGGUAUCGUUUUAUCAAAAACCAAAAGAGAGCGGACUGGCUAUAUUGAUAAUAUCAAUAGGAAUACCAUUAUAUUUCAUUGGACCAAGAUGGAAAAAUAGACCACCUGCAAUACAAAGAAAAUUUGAUUACAUGACAAGGUUAUUACAAAAGAUUAUGUUUAUUGUUCCUGAGGAGGAUCAUGAAGAUUAAUUGGUUUCUCGGAUUAAAUGAUAGUAUACCAGAGGAAUAUCCCAUGUGCAGUGCUGAUACUUUUGUCUUUCACAUUUGACUUGUGAUUUUCAUUCUACUAUGAACACGUUCCAAUGGGCUAAUGUCAUACCUCAUUUUCUGUUAACUUUUUACAUUUUUGACUUGAUGAAUUUCAACUAAAUUUGGUGGUUAUAUUGCUCAGCCCCAUAGGACAAGGAUAUGGGCACCUUGAAGAGGAAAAUUUAUGCAUUUACAACUUAUUCUAAAUGCUCAUUGCAUUCCAACUAAAUUUGGUAGAUAUGAAGGUGAUGAUUAUCCAUAGUUGUCAAAUAAAGUGCAUCUGCCCCAUAAAGGGGAGUUUCAGGACACGAUGAAGAGGAGGAAUAUUUAGAUAUUUUCUUGUCACAGCAUUUUAAAUGGACGUGGGAUUUUAUGUGCCUAUGUAUAAUUAAACUACCCAAAAUUGGGCAAAUAUAGACAUUAUUUAUAUAUCAAAUUAUAUUUUUGCCGGACUGAGAAGUGACAUCACAGUCACCACAGUUUACAUUAACUCUAGUAUCAAAUCCACAUGUGGGUGAUAGCUCAUUUUGUCAAUUACAUGUAUACAGUUUUAAAAUUCUAUAUUGAUAUCACUGAUUGUUUUGAAUUGUCCUGAUUAAUUUCAUCAAUUGUAUUGUUUAUAAGUGACCUUAUCAAUUCAUUUAAUUAUUUUUUUAAUCAACUUUAUUAAUUUCUUUAAAUGUGGUUAUAUUGAAGUGACCUUAUUAAUUUCUUUAUAUGUGAUCUUAUUAAUUAUAUAAAUUGUUGUUGUUUGUUUGAAGUGAUCUUAUUAAUAUCACAAAUUGUUAUUGUUUUGAAGUGAUCACAUGUGGAUGUUUUUAAUCAUAAUUAAUUAACUUUUUAUACAACACCAUAGUGAGAAUGUCUCUUCCAGGUACUAGUCAGGUUCAGAUUUUUUUAUGGAUUAUUUUUAUAUUUGGCGUUGGAUUAAGUGUGAAAGAGAAUAAUUAAUAUUAUGCAACCUUCAACAAUUUUGACCACAGAGAUGUCUUUCUAUUUUAUAUUAUAGAAAAUGUUUAUUUGAAUAUACAUUUCAUUAUACUUUUUUAUGAUGUACUUUUAUUUUUUGAAAUAAACAUUGUUCACUGAU